AUGGAAGACAAGACUUUUUCAAUUUACAGAAUGUCUACUCUUGGAGUUAAGCUUAAAGAGACACUUGAAGAGAUGAUGAAAGCUAGAGAGAUCACCCAGGAAAUUUACGACAAGGUGCAAUAGAGGAGUUUGACAAAACAGUUUGAGAAGCAUUCGAGGACAAGGAGAUUUGGAAGGAUGCCAGAGGUGGCAAGAAGAAGUCGAUCAAUGGCAUCCAUCUCAACCAUAAUCAUGUUGAUAGCAUAUGGCAGUUCACGCUGAAGGAUGCGAAUAUUACAUUGAAACCCCAAGUCGUUGAGCAUUCCGAUAUGAUCCAGAUAGUCGCUAUUGACGCUGACUUGAACCCUUAUGUGGAUAAGGGCUGUAGUGACCCGAACAAAAGAGGAAAUGCCAACAGCAGAAGGAGGAGAAACCGUCACUAAAAGACACUGGGCUGGUCAUCAUGAUAAUUUUGUAUGAAAUUUGUCUAAGUUUAGUAAAAACUUUGUUUUAUAUUAG